AAUUGAUUUAAAUAAUUAAAAAGAUAAUGUUCGAAGCUAAGUUUGAAGAUGGUGUUUAAUUUAAAAAGAUUGUAGAAGCAAUAAAGGAAUUAGUAAAAAAUGUAAAUCUUGAAGCAAAUGGAACAGGGAUCUCAUUAUAAGUAUAAUUUAGAUUAAAUAAUUAAUAAGGCCAUGGAUACAUCUCAUGUAGCAUUAGUAGCAUUAUAAUUGAAUGAGAAAGGAUUUAAAAAAUAUAGAUGUGAGAAAUCAUUGACAAUGGGUUUAAGCAUUGAGAAUUUAUAAAAAAUAUUGAAGUGUUCAGGAAAUGAUGAUUAAAUCACUUUAAGAACUCAAGAAGAAGAACCAACAACAUUAUCAUUCACUUUUGAAUCAAAAAGUAUGAAAUAAAUAAAAAUGAAAUUAGACCGAAUAAGUGAGUUCCAAUUAAAUUUGAUGUCUUUAGAUUAAGAACAAUUAGGUGUUCCAGAUACAGAUUAUUCAUCAGUAAUAAAAAUGCCAUCUAGUGAAUUUACAAAAAUAUGUCGAGAGUUAGGAAAUAUAAAUGAAGCAAUAGGUAUAGAGACUUCAAAAGAUGGAAUUAAAUUUUAUGUUAAAGGUGAUAUAGGAGAAGGAUAAGUUUCAGUAAAAUCUAAUGAUGAAGAAAAAAGAGAAGAAAGAGUUGAAUGUGAUGUUGAUGAACCAGUAAAUUUAAGUUUUGCUGUUAGGUAUAUAUAUAAUAUAUAUAAUUAGAUAUUUCAAUCUAUUUAAUAAAGCAUCAGCAUUAUCAACUUAAGUUAUUUUAUCUAUGUCAUAAGAUUAACCUUUAGUAAUUGAAUACUAAAUUGACAAUAUGGGAUCAUUAAAAUUGUAUUUAGCUCCUAAAAUAAAUGAUGAUGAAUAAUAAUGA